AUGGAUAAGAUCGAAGAGCUCGACGGAUUGCCCGUAUACACUCCAAGAGAUCAGUACCACCAACAAUAUCGCAGACGAAGUGUUCGACGUAGAGCUCUGCGUUUUAUCCUUCUAGCUUGCCUCACCUACAUAGCAUACACGCAAUGGUCGAAAGGCGAAGCCGGCAACCCAAAUCUCCUCUCCUUGGAAGAGCUUGAUAAAGACUACGCUACCUGUGCAAAGCUUCGAUCGACACCUGUCGACCCCAGCGGCCACCGCAACGUCAGUGCUCGAUAUGUGGACGGCGUGAAGCCAGUUCUCAUCCGCAACGCUACUGUCUGGACUGGCGAACCCAAUCCCGACACUGAGGAUUACUCUUGGACUACCCUGGAUGUACUGCUUCGACAUGGACUCAUCGAGCAAGUCAGCUCCCAUAUCCCGGAUGAUGACCUGCCUGAGGAAUGUGAUCGUGUUGAUGCCCACGGCAGACAACUCACUGCAGGAAUCAUUGACAUGCAUUCACAUACUGGAGUCGACUCUCUGCCUGAAUUGCGUGGAAAUUCCGACACGAAUGAACUUUCCGAGGACGUCACACCUUUUGUUCGAAGCUUGGAUGGUUUCAACCCGCUUGAUCCGCAGAUUCAGGUCAUCAAAUCCGGUGGAGUGACAACCUCUCUCAUCCUUCCCGGUAGUGGCAACAACAUUGGUGGAGAGGCCUUCGUGAUCAAGCAUGCUGUCGGAAAGAGUAAUGGCAGACCAGAGUUGAGUAUUGAGAGUCUGCUGGCUGAUCCCGAGAGAAAUCAUCGAUACAUCAAAAUGGCAUGUGGCGAGAAUGCCAAAAACGUAUAUGGUCAGGUGGGCAGAAACUUUGGUCCUUUCAGCCGACUGGGAGAAGCGUGGUAUUUCCGUCACGCCUUUGAGCAGGCCGCAGCUCUCAGAGACAGUCAGGAUGAUUGGUGUGCGGCUGCAGACUCCAUCGGACCUCAAAGUAUGAGCUCAUACUUACCUGCAGACCUCAGGUGGGAGACAUUAGCUGCGGUUCUCAGAGGUCAAGUCAUGGUAAACACUCACUGCUACACAAUCCCAGAUCUGGAGUCCUUCAUCGGCUACACGAAUGAGUUCAAGUUUCCAGUUCGGGCAUUCCAUCAUGCUCACUCGAYCUAUCUCAUUCCCGAGGUUCUGAAGAGAGCGUAUGGCGGUCGUGCACCAGCUGCUGCUUUGUUUGCGGACAACAUGUACUAUAAAGCGGAGGCGUAUGCGGCGUCGGAGCAAGCUGGAAGGAUCCUGUACGAUGAAGGCAUCACCCCAGUCUACGUCAGCGACAAUCCCGUCCUCAACGCCCAGCAUGUGGUGUUUGAGGCAGCAAAAGCAUAUCGUAACUCGCUUCCUUACCAUGUCGCCCUGGCCGGAGUGACGAGUGCCUCAGCAGAGCUCCUCGGAUUGGGCUCACGGCUUGGCAAAGUCAAGGCUGGUUUCGAUGCAGACGUCGUACUGUGGGACUCCGACCCUCUUUCAGUUGGUGCCACUCCUUUGCAGGUCUUCAUCGAUGGUGUGCCGCAGUUUGAAAAGCCGUUCAAUCUUUCAAAGCCUUUGACUGCCCCGCUGGAAAUGACAGUCUAUCCGACUUUGGAGAAGCAACCAUCAAAGUUUGACAAUGUCGUCUUUACGGGCGUUUCCAAGGUCCAGCUACCUGGCCAUGAGCAGUCGAUGGAUCUCGAUGGCAAGACUGGUCAAGUUGUCAUCAAAGGUGGUAGAAUCGUGUGCAUGGGCGACUGCGAACAUGCGAUAUCGUCAAGCAACAAUGUGGUGGCCUUGAAGGACGGGCAUCUCGCACCGCCACUCACAGCAUUUGGUAGCCUUCUUGGCCUUGAAGAGAUCUCGGCCGAAAAGGCCACUUCAGAUGGCUCCCUCGGAGAAGGUUCCUUUUCGGCCGCCAUUGACGGUCUUCGUUUGGAUGGUAAGAACUUGGAAGCAGCUUACUCCCACGGUGUGACUAAAGCAAUCACUGCUCCCAAGUUUGGAUCGACCGAACAUAAGGGUAUCAGUGCUGGAUUUCGCACCGGCGCAAAGCAUUCUCUUGAUAAGCAUGCUGUGUUUGAUCCCGCUGUCGCAUUGCACUACACAUUGACAGCCUCUGCGAAACAAGGAAAGACACCCACAACAUCCAGUGCGAUUGCGGAGCUGCGAGCAAAGCUUCUUGGGGCACUUUCCGGCAAAAAAGCAGAGGAAGAGCCUUCGGCCGAGCAAGUUGCGCUGACAAAAGUUAUGAACGGCAGUCUUCCACUUGUAAUCAAUGUGCACUCUGCUGACACCAUCGCCUCUUUGCUGCGCUUGAAAGAAGAAAUGUCCACAGCCAUUGAAGCAAGCAAAUCGUCUGCAGACUUACGCCUGGUAUUGUUCGGUGGUGCGGAAUCUUGGAUGCUGGCAGAAGAACUCCACAAUGCCAACGUCUCCGUUAUUUUAUCUCCUCUCUUCAGCUACGCAACGACCURGGAUGAACGCCGAGCUCUAACCGGAGCCCCACUCACCAACGGGACAGCCAUUGAUAUUUUACAUGCAGCUGGUGUAAAAGUCGCCAUUGGCGUUGGCGAGGACUGGGAAGCUCGGGAUCUUUUCUUACAGGCUGGAAUCGUGCAUGCGAACAGUGCGGGGAAGAUCAAUGAGAAGGAGGCUUUGGCUUUGGCUUCGAGUAAUCUCUAUGAUAUUCUUGGAAUUGAAGAGGGCAAAGGGGAGGAAUUGGAGGAGUUUGUGGUUUUUGAGGGGAAUCCGUUGACUAUUGGUGGGCAGAUCAGAGCUGUUGCUGAUGGAAGUGGUGGUGUGCAGAUUUGGUCUUGA